AUGCUGUCGGCUCCGAACGGCGAGACGAUCCACUCCGCCAGCAGCCCGGCCGGCCGGCCGAGCCGGAUGGAGGGCUACUGGGACCGCGUGACGGAGCUGACGCAAAAGAUCAAGGGUCUCGAGGCGCAGCUGCAGGAGCUGCAAGAGGAGGCCGAGGGCACCGCCGCGGCGCUCGCCCAGAGCGAGGCCACCCGCGGCCGGCUGCAGGGAGAGCUGGACGACGCCCGCGCGCAGCUGCGCCUGCUCAGCGGGCAGCUGGCGCGGGCGCAGGCGGUGGCCGACCAGUGCGACGAGCGGGUGCGGCAGGAGACGGCGAGCCUCGCCGCCGAGCUGGCCGAGAUGCGGGCCAAGCCCGUGCCGCCGAGCCCGCGCAAGGUGCAGAAGCAGGAGCUCAAGGGCUCGAUCCGGGUGAUGUGCCGCGUGCGGCCGACGGCGGCGGGCGAGGGCGCGGCGGUGGUGACGAUUCCGACCCCGACAGACGUGCUGGUGGCGCAGCCGGGGACGCGGGAGGGGCGGCGCUCGUUCGCCUUCGACCAGGCCUUCGGGCCCGGGUCGGGGCAGGAGGCCGUCUUUGAGGAGGUCGAGCCAUGCGUCGAGUCGGUGCUCGACGGGUUCAACGGCAUGCUGGAGGCUCAGGCCAUCAACAAGAGCCUCUCCGCGCUGGGCAACGUGAUGGCCAAGCUACAGGAGAAGGCGAAGCACGUGCCCUUCCGCGACUCGAAGCUGACGCAGCUGCUCGCCGACUCGCUCGGCGGCAACUCCAAGACCUUCAUGUUCGCGGCCUCCGAGUCGCUCUGCUCGCUCGAGUUCGGGAUGCGAGUGCGCAAGGUGGAGCUCGGGCGGGCGAGCGGCCGCCGCGUCGAGGGCGCCUCUCUCGCGGAGCUCAAGGAGGCGCGCGGCGCGGAGGAGCGCGCCGGCGAAGCGAAGGAGGGGCGGGAGGCGCAGGCGGCGAUGGAGGCCGAGCUCGUCGAGCUGCGCCAGCGCAAGGAGGCGGACGCGCUGCUGCUCGAGCAAGGCGCCGACAAGCAGCGCACCCAGCUCGCCGACGAGCGCAAGCGCGCCGCCGCGACCGAGGCGGCGCUGCGCGAGGCGCGCGCGAAGCUCGAGGCGUCCGAGGCGGAGCUGCGCAAGCUGCGGAGCGACGGAGUGCGCGAGCUCGCGUCGGCGGCACGCGAGCUGGCCGCGCCCGCCCGGCCGGUGAGCCAGGAGGCCGCCGCAGCGCUGAGGCAGAGCGCGGCGGUGUCCCUCGGGCAGUACGAGCCGUCGGAGCGCGAGCGGCCGGCCGAGGUGGCGGCGCUUUUCCGCGGCUCGGCCGUCAACCUCAGCGCGUCCAUCCAGUCCGAGAUGGGGCGCCCACCUGCGGCGCCACCUGCGGCGAGGGAGCCCGCCGCGCCCGCCAUGUCGACGGCGAACCUCCUCGACAUGGACUCGUCGGCGCUCUGUGCUGCGCGGCCGCUCCUUCCCGAGGGCGCCGCCGAGCUGGCGACGUUCCACGCGCCCGAGUGGAAGUGA